CUGCCCUUUGUCCCCCUCCCCCCUCUUUUCCCCAGCAUGUCUGUCCCCACCCCCACUCCCGCUCCCACCCCCACCUUCAUCCCCCAGCCCGGGGCCCUGCUCGACGAGAUGCCCGAGGAUGAGGCUGUGGCCCGGAUCCAGGCUGCCCGCGCUCCUGGCGGAUCCGGUCUCCUGGCUGCCUUCCCCCCGCUGAAGAACGACACCGCCCUGCGCGCGGCCAAGGGCCUGCCGGUGUCACAUACCCCGGUGUGGGCUAUGCGCCAGGCUGGUCGCUAUCUGCCCGAGUUCCGCUCGGUUCGCAGCCUGUCCCAGUUCUUCGAAGUCUGCCGGUCGCCCUCCCUGGCGUCCGAAGUGACUCUGCAGCCGCUGCGCCGCUUCGCCCUGGACGCGGCCAUCAUCUUCUCCGACAUCCUGGUCAUUCCCCAGGCUCUGGGUGUGGAUGUGGUCAUGACGCCGGGGAUCGGCCCGCAGAUCCCCAACCGAGUGGCCACUCCGGCUGAUGUGGAGACCAUUGUCAAGUUCGUCGGCGAGGACUACACCAAGUGUGCCCAGUCGCUGUCGUACGUCUGGGAGGCGGUGGCCCUGACGCGCAUGCGCAUGAAUGGGCACUGCCCGCUCUUCGGCUUCUGCGGUGCCCCAUGGACCAUCAUGGCGUACAUGGUUCAGGGCGGCGGCAGCCGGAACUGGGACCAUGCCAAGGCCUUUGUCCUGAACCACCCGGAGGCUGCCCACCAGCUGCUGCACGUCAUCACCGAGGUGUCCAUCGAGUAUCUGGUGGGCAAGGUCCAUGCCGGCGCGCAGAUCCUCCAGGUGUUCGACUCGAACGCUGGCGAGCUGCCGCCGCAUCAGCUGAAGGAGUUCUCUCUUCCCUACCUCGCGCGUAUUGCCGAGGGCGUGAAGGCCCGCCUGGCGGCUGAUGGUGUUGAGGCCGUCCCUCUGGUGGUCUUCGCUCGCGGUGCCAUGCACUCGCUGGACCUGGUGGCCAAGCUCGGCUAUGAUGUCCUCGGCAUCGACUGGACCAUCGACCUGAAGUCGGCUCGUGCCAAGGCCGGCCCGGGCUGCGUCCUUCAGGGCAAUCUCGACCCGUGCACUCUGUUCGCCCCUCCGGAGGUCAUUCGCCAGGAGGUCCGCCGUAUGCUGGCCGACAAUGGUGAUGGCAGCCUCAUCGCCAACCUUGGCCAUGGCAUGCUGCCGAACCACUCGCCCGAGCACCUGGGUGUGUUCAUUGAGGAGAUCCACGCUGUCUCGCGUGCGGCCAAGUCCACCUAGACCCGGUGGCACACCCCGUCCCCCUGAGCAGAGUGACAGCACGAGCGCACUUUCCCCCCCCCCC